GCAGGCUUUAGGGGUUAGGAACCCGACCUGUCAGUAUCACCAAAACCCUUUCGGCUCAUUCUCUUUCGUAAAUUCCUACAGUCUAUAGCUCCGAAAGCAUUUCGAAAUAUUACGAUAAAAAGAGAAGAUCUUUGAAAUUUGAACAAGAUGUCGGAACUAACGGAGGAGCAGAUUGCCGAGUUCAAGGAUGCCUUUGUCCAGUUCGACAAGGAGGGAACCGGCAAGAUCGCCACUCGUGAGCUGGGCACCUUGAUGCGCACCUUGGGCCAGAAUCCCACGGAGGCCGAGUUGCAGGAUUUGAUAGCUGAGGCCGAGAGCAACAACAAUGGCCAACUGAACUUCACCGAGUUUUGCGGCAUAAUGGCCAAGCAAAUGCGCGAAACUGAUACUGAGGAGGAAAUGCGUGAGGCAUUCAAGAUUUUUGAUCGCGAUGGCGAUGGCUUUAUAUCACCAGCUGAGCUUCGCUUUGUGAUGAUCAAUCUGGGCGAAAAGGUCACCGACGAGGAGAUCGAUGAGAUGAUCCGUGAGGCUGAUUUCGAUGGGGAUGGCAUGAUCAACUACGAGGAAUUCGUUUGGAUGAUAAGCCAGAAGUAGUUCAGCUACUUUAAAUGAAAUAAAAUAUUUUGGGGU